AUGCAUAUUCAGAAACGUACCGUUGUUCCGGAUACUAUUGAUGAUUCUGUACAGAAGUCAUCAAGUGUGAUAGAACAGAAAACUCAUAAAUGUUGGCGUCGUUUUAUGAAUGAACGAGCAGUUGAACGAGCUUAUGUACCAACUAGUCAUGAGCAUGCAGCAAAUUGUCUAACACAUGGUUGUCUAAUUAUUCCAUCGUGGAUUGCUGCUCAACGUCUAUUAUUACAUGCAAAAACACCAGCACAAUAUUGGAGUAGUGUCAUCUAUGGUAAUGCUCUUAUUUUUCUUUUUUCAUUUUCAACUAUUUUUCACUGUUCAUGUUUUCAUCCAACAUACAAAGAUUCAACAAUGAGACAUUUAUUACAUCGAGUUGAUCGAGCAUUUAUCUAUAUUUUUAUCAGUGCCAGUUAUACACCCUGGCUUCUUCUUCGUCCAACUCAAACAAUUUCAACAAGUUUUACUGUAGCACUCGUUUGGAUCAUGUCUAUCUUAGGUAUUACUUAUCAAACUAUAUAUCAUGAAAGAUAUAAAUGGCUUGAAACAUGUUUUUAUGUAAUUGUUGGUGUUUUUCCUGCUAUCGUUAUCAUUGAUAUGACAGAUCAUACCGGUAUAUUAGAAUUAGCUAUUGGUGGUUUAGUCUUCCUAUUAGGCAUAUUUUUCUUCAAAUGUGAUGGUAUCAUACCAUUUGCACAUGCAAUUUGGCAUGGUUUUGUUUUUUUCGGUGCAGCUAUUCAUUAUUAUGCAAUUUAUACUUAUCUUCUUGUACCAACGAUAUCUUCGAAUGAAUUUUAUUCUAAAAGAUAA